AUGCGCCUGGGGAUUUAUUCGGGCCUCGCCUCAACAUGGGCAUCUUUGGCCACUGCAAUGCUCUCAGCGACGCAGAACGAUGCUACAAUUACCCUGGUCAAUGAUCGGCUAACGGCCGUCUUUUCCAAGUCCCAAGGCAGAGUCGUGGAUCUGUAUCUUGAUGGCCAGGAUCUCCUUGGUCCACAAUCAGGCUCUACAGGUAUCGGACCCUACCUUGACUGUUACUGUAUCCCCUCUGGGUUUUACACUGCUGGAGCAUCAAAUCCUUUGAUGGAAUUGGUUCAGGGAACCGACUCAAGUGGAACCAAAUACGCCGGUGUUAUCAUGAAUGAUACAUACGUCCCAACUGGGCAGCAGUUCCAGCAAUACUGGUUCCUACGAGAUGGUGAGACGGGCCUACACAUGUUCAGUCGAUUGGCGUACUAUAACGAGAGUACCCCGGUCCUGCGCAACCUGCAAGAAUUCCGCACGCUCUUCCGUCCAAAUACAGAGCUCUGGACGCACCUCACGUCCAGUGAUGUCCAGACGGCACCUUUGCCUGGUAGAGACGCGAUUGCACAUGAGGUUGUCGUGCAGGAUGCAACCUGGAGAUUCAACAACACGCCGAGUGACGCAUACUAUACACAAUUUGCCGAAUACUUUACCAAAUAUACGUUUUCCAAUCAGUGGCGAGACAACGAUGUCCACGGCAUCUAUGCUGACGGGUCCACCUCCAAUGGUUCAACAUACGGCGCGUGGCUGGUCAUGAACACAAAGGAUACCUACUACGGAGGACCGCUGCACUCCGAUCUCACUGUCGACGGCAUUGUCUACAACUACCUUGUCUCAAACCACCACGGGGAAGGCACUCCCAACAUCACCCACGGGUUUGACCGUACAUUUGGUCCACAAUUCUAUCUUUUCAACGGCGGCAAGAAGCCCGGCUCACUAGAGCAACUAAGGGCGGAGGCUAGAUCCCUUGCUAGUCCAGGCUGGAAUGUAGAUUUCUAUGACUCCAUCGCGAAGCACGUUAUCGGCUACGUUCCGUCGAGCAAGCGAGGUAGCGUACAGGGCACGGUCAAGCUCCCUCGUGAUGCUGCAAACGCCAUUGCUAUUCUUACUGCUGAUGGCGAGUACUUCCAGGACAACUCUGUCAAAGCUUCUGCACACCAGUACUGGGCGGAGAUUGGCUCAAAAGGACAGUUCACCGUCAAACACGUCAGGGAGGGUAAAUACCGUCUCACCGUGUACGCUGACGGAGUAUUUGGGGACUACGUGCGUGAUGGUAUUGUCGUCAACGCCGGCAAAAUGACUGCUAUUAAGGAUACCUGGGUUGCAGAAUCGGCCGGUAUCGAGGUUUGGCGUCUCGGAACACCCGAUAAAUCUUCUGGGGAGUUUCGCCGCGGAGCCACUCGCGACCCCACGCACCCGCUCCAUCCGCCGGAGUAUCUCAUCUACUGGGGGGCAUACAAUUGGCAAUCGGAUUUCCCCCAUGGGGUGGACUAUACCAUUGGAAAGAGUGACCCAGCCAUUGACUUCGGCACGGUGCACUGGUCGGUGUUUGGGCCAACUCCCGACAGCCCGAAUAUCGAGUACAAUACGACGAACGACUGGAAGGUCCGCUUUCCCUUGACGGCGAAGCAACUCCAGAGACGGAAGAAAGCCACGUUAACCAUCCAGCUUGCGGGUGUCAAAACAGCGUCUGGAAACACCGACGUGUACAAUCCGGAAGAAACGUACAACAACCUUUUGCUUGAGAGCUACAUCAACCAGAAUCAGGAACCCCUAACCAUGAUCAUCGGGUUCAACCAGUCCAGCAGCUGCAUCGUGCGAUCAGCCGUUAGCUGCUACCAGGUAAGCUCACGCAUGGAGUUCCCGACGGAGUGGUUGAAGGUCGGAGAAAACCUGCUUACACUGCGUCUGCCGUACAAUGCCACCGAUACUGAGACGGCAAUCCUGCCUGGAACGGUCUAUGUGCAGUAUGAUGCGUUGAGACUCGAGCUAGCGUAGUUGGUGCAUAUAGCAGGCAUGAGCCGAGGUUGUUUAGAGACAGACCGUUUGGCAGGGGAUACAUAGCAGACGCAAAGAAGGCGAUGACUAUCAAAGUAGUUAUUGAGCUAUCCUAUCACCACCACAAUGAAGAUACGGAGUACUGUGAUUCAAGGACAUGAAUUUUCAUCAGUCUUUCAUAUUAUAACCCCCCCAACGCCCCUGUUCCUGAGCGCAUAACGAAAGCGAGGAUAUCCGGAAGAGUUUCCCGAUCAGGCAAAAGCCUCGGUUCCCCGCUGCGAAAUAUUAAUCGUCCUGCAUCUGAU